UGAUGUUUAGAAAAAUUAACGUUUUUUUUUUUUUUUUUUUACUAUUUAAAGUAUUUGCAUGCAGUAUUUGCCACUACUUAAGUCAAAACGUCAACGGCAAACACAACCAGCCAAUUAGGAAUGGUAAAAACUUUUACCAAAGCAAUUCAGUAAAGUUACUAGACAAAAUUCAGAAUUGAAUUAAAGUAUAUUGUGUUUUUAAUAUUUACCUUCUUGGUGAAAUAUUGUGUCCUUGAGAAGUUGCUUCAGGAGUUCUGCCUUUUCUCUUUCGUGUGUAUGUUGCCUUGCUGAACUCUUUGUCAAGGGCAUGCAUGUGUGUUUUGGGUAUUUGUAGACCUGAAGCUGGGGUGGGUUUAUAUAGGAAGACUGAGAGAUUAUGGAUAAAGGGAGUGUGUGUGUCUAGCAUGACUUCACCCACCCUCCGAAGAGAUCAGAACAUGAUUAACGCAUCAUUUUGGUUGUUGUUAGAAUGUUCUAGAUUGACAGAUUGACAAUUUCGACACUGAGAAUCUUACAAGAGAGGGUAAAAUCUGUAUUUAUAAAGACGUCUUAAUUAUCCUAAUAUGUUUAUCUAUAUUUAAAAAAAUAUAUUAAUUAUAUUUAUUGUUAUGAAUGCUACAAGGCUAGAUGUUGUGUAGUUACCUAAUUAAACAGUUAUGAUAGUGUGAUUUGUAGGGAUUCGCUGGUUUUAAAAAUUUUUCCAUUGCUAAUAAUCUUAUUUGCAUUUUAUGAUCAAAAAUAAAUAACAUAAUGACGAAAAUAAAUAAAUACAAUAUUGACAAAUUAAUGACUGAUAUAAAAAUUCUACACUAUAUUUUAGUAAGGAAAUAAAAAAAAUAAAAAAAAAAUAAAAUAAAAAGUGAAUUUAGGCAUCACAAAAUUAUAAAACAGUAUGAGACGUAUAUUUUCAUAUAGAAAUUUCCCAGUGAUUACAUUUAAGUGUUAAUAAAUUACUAGUGUGUUUAAGAAUAACUUUAAGUGCUGAAUGACAGAAAGGUCACAGAAAUAUAAAAAUAGGACAAAUUAGCUAAUAUUGGCUAAUGGAUGUUACUGUUCCCAAAUGUUGUGUAUCUGUUGUGAUUUAUUUGUUAUUUUAAUAGACAUUUGGUACAAGCAUUGUAGCUCGUUGAUAUUCGCAGACUCUCUGAAUGUUCUGUCAUUCGGAGACUCUGUGUGUGGCCUGUUCCUGUAUCAGAUCAUCUCGUCUCACCCAAUUUCAUUGUUUCAAAACAUUGGAUUCCCAUCCACGUACACCAAAAGGGUCCCUCUCUCUCUCGUUCUCAUUAGGGAUGUUCAUAGUAUUAUCAGAGGAAACACACACACAUACAGAAGUAAGUUGAAAAAAAAGCUGGAGCGGCCUCUGUGGAUGGCCUACCAGCAGUCUAACACGUUUUCUCUUUUCCUCUUUUUCCCUCCCUAUCCUAAUUAUUGCUAUUUCUGGCAACUGAGGCCACCAGACAUAGACUAGCUGUUGACAGACAACCCACGGCGAAAAUAAACUGUACCUUUACUAAACAAGGCGGGUGCAGUCUGCCCAGAUGUCUGUCAACAGAGACCGAGAACAAACCAUUGCCGCUGAUUACGCUAAUUAGUCUAAAAUAAGUGUAUAUAUGUGCGUGUGUGAUCAUUUCUGACAAUCCCGCCUUCUCAUUUCUGCCCUAUAAGUACCCAGUAUCUUCCUGAGUUCUGAAUUUAGAACAAUGAAAUUCUAAAGAGUGCAGUGGCAGCACAAAUAUAAGCCCUUUUGUAGAAGUUUUUUUUUUUAUGUUUUCCACUAUUGUGUAUAACAAUUCUUGUAGAUACAGAUACAGCAUUGUUCCAAAAUGUUUCCAAUAAUAUAACGGGUGGUUCGUUUUCAGUGCUUAAUAUUAUAUUGAAUAAUAAGUGGAGAGCAAAUUGCACUAUAAUUUCAUUCGGUGUCUUCAAAAUCUGUGGAUCAGUGGUUCUACAAUUCUGCUCACUACAUUCACGAUUCAUUAAAUGCAAAAUAAAUAUGUAUGGUAAAUUCUUUCUUAACAUUGUUUUCUGCAUUGUUAUUUGAAUGCCUUGGUUGAAUAGCGUGGUGGUGACUGCAUAAGGGGUUGACGUAGCUUUAUUUCCACCAUGAAAACAAUUCUUUUGACAAUUCUUUUGAAAUAACUAUUAUGUAUUAAGAAAUUGUAAAGUCUAAAAUUAAUAUAUAUUUCUUCUGAUGCUGUUUUCCUUAAACAGGCUUCUUUCAAAUUAAACGUUCAGAUCCAUUUCCAUCAUGGAACAUUUGCACCUAACUGAGUGUUCUGAAAAGUGCACAUUUAGUCCAUUCCAUACCAAAUUUCACCAUUUAUCAUUUACAAACCUUCCUGAAAAAGUUCGGAAAAGAGUUUUGAUUCAUCGAUUUUACAGGUAUAGGCUACAAGACAAUGAAACAUACGACAACCUGUACAACCUGAAGUUUAAAUUUGGAAUGCUUUUUAUUAUAAAUAGUCAAAUGUCACCUGCUAAAAUCAAUAAAAGGUUGCACUAUAAUUUCAAUUGUAAAGAGCAGCUUUAGUAUGUAAAGGUAUGUUUUACAAAUUGGCCACAAGGUGAUGCUAUAACAAAAAAAAAUAUGCAUGUAACCAAAGCUUACAGAAGGACUUUGGUGCAUCUCAGCAAACAUCUGAGCUAGUUAUUUCAUCAAAUUGUGCUUAAUUAUCUUGAAUUCUCUUUUUAACAUUCAAAAAUGUAAACAAAAAUUAUGUUUUUAUUAUCUUGGUUUGUAAAAUAUAAUCUAUUGUUUUAAUAGUUUUUAAUUAUUAUUAUAUCGUGUUUUAAUUAUUUUUACUUUACCGUGAAAUGUGACAGGUAACAUGUUAUUCUUAAGUCUUGGCAGAUGCGUCACAUAAGACAAAAUUCCUUGUGUAUACUGGAAAAAGAUAUGAUAAAUUAAGAACAGCUCUGAAUGAUCAUUUCAGUGUGUGUGAGAGAGAGAGUGUCUGCUCAGUUCCGCCUCCUGUCGGCGGAGAUAAAUAAAGCAAACAUAUGUUACCAAAACUUACAUUUUCCACUUCUUGAGUAAUUUUACUUGAUUACUGUACUUGAGUAUUAUUUUGGGAGAUUUGUACUUUUUUCAAGUACAAUUUAAACUGAUUAGGCCACUUGUAAUUUUACUUUUUUACAUUUCUGAAGAAAAAACAGUAGGCCUACUUUUUACUCCAUAAAAUUUAAUUUCAUCUUGAAAAGUACAUUUCAUUUUUAUUUGAUCUUAUGGCCAUUAAAUGUGUGCUAAACGUACGCUCAAAUGUGUGUGCUUGACAUGAAAACUAAUGAUUAUUGAUUUCAUGCUUCAAGCUCACACAUUUCUAAUUCAGUUAUGACUAAAAGUUUUGCUUUCAAAAGUUCACCAUCAAAUCUGAGAAAGCAUACUGAGGUAGCAAAGUUGCGUUUUCCUCAAAAAAUUCCCUUGCUUUUUUCAAUGAAAUGUUACAAACCUCAAAAAAGUGUUUAAAUUAACACUGUAUGUUGAAAUUAAUUGUAAUUCAUGUUUAGUAUUUUUUUUACCAAGUAGCCUAGUGGUUGUAUUUAUAAUACGUCAUUAUGUGACACACUGAGUAGCCUAGGAAUUAAGACUGUCAAUGAAUAAAAAAUUUUUCUUAAAUUUAAUUACAUGAUUUGCUCAUUAAUUAAUCGAAUUAUUCACACAUAAUUAUUUAUCAAUAUUUGAUGAGAAAAACUAUAAAUGCCCCAAAUAAGCAAGCAUCUCAAAUGAUAAUUAUCCUUUUAAACAGUGACGUUGAAUAGACAAUUUACACACAAAAAGUCGUCUUUCAAAACGUUAAUGUUGUCUGUUUUAAUUAUGUGAUUUUCCUGAUUAAUUCAACUCAUUCUUCUAUUCUGUCUGGAAUAUGUUUCUAUAGCUUCUGCAUCAAAUCUUGCUCUUCAAAUGGAUAAUUCACCCAAUAAUUAUCAUCAUUUUUCCUUUAUUUUCUCGUGAUCUCGACGAGAGUUGUUUUCUCGUUAUAACGACUUAAUUAUCUCGAGAUCUCGACAUAACAAAAGUUGUUCUCAAGUUACAAAUCUGUGCCAACAGGUGGCACUAUAGACCUGAAUAUAACUGAUACUGUACGCGUUUGGGAUAGAUUAUGCUAAUUUAAUUUAGUGACGUAAUCUUUUGUGUUUCCCACACACACACACACACACACACAUACACACGAACGCUCCUUCAAACAGAAGCUUGUAACGCACAUGGUAUCAGUCACAACAUAAAAUGAAUACUAACAUUUACAAAUUAGGCCUAUAUAUAAUUUUAUUUCAAAUAAAGCGAAAAUUAAAAGUGAGUUGAAUCCAAUCAGCUCUAAAAGAUCUUAGAAUAGUUCUGCAUCCUUCUGAAGCCAGUGUUUGCGGUGUUGUUUUGACCAUUUAAACAUGUUAAUUACACAAACAAAAUGUUUAGCGUACUGUCUCUGGAAAUAUCAACAUGGAUUGUUCAGCCUUUAUUUAUGUAAUGUAUACUUUAUUACAAGGCGAAGCAAAAUUAGUUGAAAUAUCCACGACAUAGGCUUAUUAGGCUACAGUAGAAGCGCAGGGUUUGUCCAUCAGAUGUGUCAAAGUUGAGUUUGUUACAGAUCUAACAAUCAUUCAUUAUGUCGAGAUCACAUGAAAAUUAAGUCGUGAAAACAAGAUGGAAAAAAUAAAUAAAUAAUACAUGGCCGCUAAGAGCUUCCGUAGGCUUCUUGCCAACCUUGUCUUGACCAGUAAGACUUUGACCAUAUAUCAUUAGUGGCACUGUGUGUUUAGUGAAACAUUAUAUUUUUCUAUCGACGGUAAUGACAAGUCAACCGCAACAUUUUCCAUUCACUCAAAACCCCUUUAGAUGUCUCAGUGCAGUAUGGAGCUGUUGCACAUUUCUGUAUGUGCUAUUUAGGGUGUUCGCGGUUCUUCACAAGUACGGGCCUGUCGAGAAGUUUAAGCGAUAAAAACACUUAGGACAGAGGUGUCAAUCUCAAUAGCCUACAACCUCAGUUUGACUUCUCUGCUAUGGCUUCGGCUAAUAAGAAAAAAAAAUACCAACAAAUUAAUUAAUUAAUUCCCAUAACUUCCCAUUACUUUGUCGGUUACUGCACAUUGCAAAAAAAACCCUAAUAACAUCCUAUUUUUUUUUAAUGCUAAUCUUUUUGUUUAAUAGAUGUAUUAUGGCUUUCUAAGGUUUCUAAUCUACAAGCUUGCUACAUAAAAGAGGAGGAGAUUCAAGCGAGGGCUUCAUGUCUGGGCGUAGUUUUAAACCAAAGAGCAGUCUCUUUUGUCUCUUAACGUUGUCGUGUGUCUUUUAGCAAAAGUCUAAAGCGAAUUGAAGGAAAUUAUUGAACACUUUCUUCUUUUCAUACCUCAACAAAAUCACUGUAACAAGAAGUGCUGUGGAGAUUCUGAGUUGCCUCUCAAGAGCUGAGAUGUAGCCUAAUUUAAGUCAGUUUUCAUGGUGGUUUAUGUUCCCCCCCCCCCCCCCUUUUAGAAGUCUCUGAUUUAUAGAGUACUAUGUUUUAAUACCGUUCUGCAGUAUUGUUGUUUACUGGAUUGUUUUUUUAUAAUAGAUAAACUGCGGAGAAAGUAAUCAUCGUAAUUAAUUUAGCUAGGCUAUAAACAGAAUCUUUGUUCAUUAAGCUUGUAGAUAAAGCAAUUUUUAAAUCAGCAACCUUUUUUGGUCUUUGCGAGUCCUUGGCUAUACUGGGUGUUAUCUGUCUAUUUGUAAAGAAAAAACUACACGAUUAACAUACGGUAAUCUAAUAUACCAUAUCGCCCCACCCCUUCACAUGAUGACGAAGUGAUGGUGUUAUUGCUUCAGUGUGUUUCUCGUCUUAAAACCGAGCAUUCCUCUAAACGAGAAUUAAACGACUGGCGCGUAUCCUGCUGACAGUCUUCCUUAAAUACACGGUUGGUGCAAACACAUCUUCCUCACAUUGUCUUCACCCACACUGUGAUCGUGGUGCUGAUAGGCAGACGUUUGUUCUGAAAAUCUCAGAUCUGUCUUCAACAUGUCUGGCCCAGGCUACCCAUCUCCAAACCAGCCAGCCUAUCCCAUGGGAGGUUUUGGAGAACCUGGAAAGGGGGCCCCACCAGCAGGGUUCCAAGCAGGAUACCAGCCAGUUCCAGAUCAGCCAAUCAUGUAUCAGCCUGGACCAGCUAAUCCAGCAUCUCAACAGGGCCAACCAUAUGGAGCACCUGUAGCUGCACCAGUUUCAGUUCCUGCUGGAGUACCACCUGGUCUGGAGUACCUCACUCAGAUCGAUCAGAUCCUUAUUCAUCAGAAGGUGGAGUUGUUAGAGGCAAUCAUUGGCUUUGAGACCAACAACCAGUAUGAGAUCAAGAACAGCCUCGGUCAAAAGAUCUACUCUGCCAAAGAAAAAAAUGACUGCUGCACACGCAACUGCUGUGGUGCCCUGCGCAGCUUUGACAUGAAGAUCAAAGACAACGCUGAUCGAGAGGUCAUACGACUCAUCCGCCCUUACCGUUGUGUCUCCUGUUGUUGCCCCUGCUGCCUGCAAGAGAUGGAGAUACAGGCUCCUCCAGGAACGACAGUAGGGUACGUGAAGCAGGACUGGCACCCCUGUUAUCCAAAAUUCUCCAUCCAGGGCCCAAACAAGGAGACUGUGAUGAAGAUUGAGGGGCCCUGCUUGGCAUGUAACUGCUGUGGUGAUGUGCACUUCGAGCUCAAAGGUAAAGACGGUACUGGGGACCCUAUCGGUCGAAUCAGUAAGCAGUGGAGCGGCCUGUUGAAGGAAGUCUUCACUGACGCUGACAACUUUGGCAUCCAGUUCCCUAUGGACAUGGAUGUUAAGAUGAAGGCUGUACUAAUGGGUGCUUGCUUUCUAAUUGAUUUCAUGUUCUUUGAAAAAGUGGGAGACUCAAAUCAGCGCAAUUCUGUAUUCUCUUAGAGCUCCUGGUAACCAAAGCUAUAGACAGCUGGCACUGCAGUGAAUCCAAUGGAAAUGUUCAAGGUCAUUUUGAAGUGUUCACGUGGCCAGCAAUAUUUACAGUGACAGGCGAGGUUAUAUCAGUAACUGUUCACUGGUGGCUUUUAAACAAUCAUAGCCUAGAAUUUGAAUUACUGUUACAAUAGUUUAUGAACUAAUAUUUACAUCUUUUUGUUACUUUAAACUUCUCUUUUUUUUAUUAUAAAUAAAAUGUAACGUGCAACCCUAUGCAUGUAUAUGUAGACUUAUUUCUUGCAUAAAGUAGAUUUUUUCAUUUUUUAAAGGAAAUUCUGUUUUAUUUUGCUAAAUGUAAAGCAUUUUCAUUAAAACAUGCAGCUGUUCCUACAGCCAAGUAAUGCAUGAUGAUAUGGGUUACAUGCAAGUUGACUCUGGCAACAGCUAAAAAAAAAAAAAAAAAAAGUUGGUAUGGUUAGCAUGGUUUUCUGUGUGAUUUACCUUGGGUAGAAGCCAGUUUGUCUUUAAUAGUUUUUUUUUUUUGGUGUGUGUCUGAAGAAUGGGUGUCCUACAGGGGGCGCUUGUCAGUUUAUAAAACCCAGCCUCUCAAAGAGUCCAUUUUAAUUCUUAGGAUGAUGUUAAAUAUGAAUUAUUUGCCAAUUAAAUAUGUGAUUAGAAUGAUUCACACAGGGAAAUUCAAGUAACAGUCCUAUGAAUAGACUUUAAUAUUAAGAUUCCUGCCUUUGUUAAAAAAAAGUGAAGUUACAUAGAGCCAGGUAUGGUGAUCCAUACUCAGAAUUUGUGCUCUGCAUUUAACCCAUCCAAAGUGCACACACACAGCAGUGAACACACACACAUACACACACCGUGAACACACACCCAGAGAAGUGGGCAGCAAUUUAUCCUGUGGCACCCAGGGAGCAGUUGGGGGUUGGGUGCCUUGCUCAAAGGCACCUCAGUCGUGGUAUUGCCCUAUCACUAACGGGGUGAAAUGAAACAAUAUUAGAACACAUGGUCAUCGAUUUAAAUUUUGUACACAUUUAUUUUGUUAAUCAAAUUUAGGAUCCCAGUAGCUACUUAAUAAUUUGUUCAACUUGUACUGUUACAGUGCUCUCAGGUCUCCCCAUGUAUAAUCAAUAUAUAUGUGUCUUCUUUAUAUGUGUUUGUAUUUAUUUCUAUAAUAUACUAUAUUAUUAUAACACUAAGAUAAUAAAUGUAUAAUAUGGUAA